AAAUUUCUACGUGUGAGUAUCGUGUAUAGUUUUGCUAUAAUCUCUAAUCACCAUGUCUGGGAGAGGGAAAGGUGGAAAGGGUCUUGGGAAAGGAGGAGCCAAACGUCACCGAAAAGUGCUUCGUGAUAAUAUCCAAGGUAUUACCAAACCAGCAAUCCGACGACUGGCACGUCGUGGUGGAGUGAAGCGUAUCUCCGGUCUUAUCUACGAGGAAACUCGUGGUGUUUUGAAGGUGUUUUUGGAGAACGUUAUCCGGGACGCUGUAACCUAUACAGAGCAUGCCAAACGGAAGACUGUAACCGCCAUGGACGUAGUAUAUGCCCUAAAGAGACAAGGUCGUACCCUUUACGGUUUCGGAGGUUAAAGGACUGAGCUGCAAAUUAUCAAACCGGCCCUUUUUAGGGCCACCACAUCCUGCAAAAGAGAGCCAAUUUCUCACAUAUAUCCAAGAGUAGUAAUAUCAAUUAAACUGAGUUUCUCAAUGUUAGUUUGACUCCAUUGAAUAUUUUUAAUAGAGGUAGGUGUGAAAUUCAUGCUGAAAAACAUCAUUUCACACAAAGAAAGAGAACACCAUUAGUAUUCCACGUGCACACACCAGUAGAAGGACAUUAAAUCAUAAACGAGAUACUUUCAUUUAAUUAUAUAUGUAAGGAAUUAUACGUUACUGAAACCUAAUUUCUUGGUCUCCACAUCAGUGAAAGAAGCAAAACGUUAAAGUCGUUAUUGUACUAUUUCAACAGUAUUAGCGAAAGAAUAACAUUGUAUUUUUGGAAAUUCCAGAAAGGAAUACGAUUAAAAUAAACUCGAUAUUUUGUUUCAUACUUCUAGAUUAUGUUAAUCGUGGUCUAUGCUCUCCACGGUACCUCGAACAUGGUCCAUAAAAACUUCAAAUUUAU